GGCAGGUUUUUUGACGCCGAUGAUACCCUCACAAUUUCAGCUCCGAGCAACUCGAAAGCAAUCUCCUCUACAGACUUAGUCUACUAGUAUCUUGUUCUUGUUAACCUUCCAUCCAAACAAAAUGUUCUCCCUCAAGUUCCAGACAAUCGUAGCUGUAGCUUUGCUUCUUAGCCAAGCCUGUUUCUUCAGCGAUGCAAAGAAACUGCGAGGUAUCAAUGCUCCCGGAGCUGAAUUGUUGGAAGAGGAUGCCGUAGUCGAGACAACAACCACGGAAGAAAAGAACCGUGCCCUUCGUUACUCUGACGAGUCUAUGGAUCACCACGGACCCUACUACAGCGACCAUGGAGGUAAGGGCGGAGGCUACCAUUAUUCCGAUUAUGGCAGUGGUGGUCGUUCCAAAGGAUCAAAAGGAUCCAAAGGCAGCAAAGGCAAAGGAGGAUAUGGUAGCAGCAGUUCCAAAGGCAGCAAGGGGAAAGGAGGAUACGGCAGUGCCAGUGGUUCCAAAGGCAGCAAAGGAAAAGGAGGCGGAAGCGGUGGCUACUCUGGCAUGGGCUAUGGUGGCCACACUGACUAUUCAGGCUACGGCAAGGGUGGCGGUUCCUACUCUGGCUCCAAGGGUUCCAAAGGAUCCAAGGGCAGCAAGGGCAAAGGAGGAUACGGCAGCAGUAGCUCCAAGGGCAGCAAGGGCCAUGGAGGAUACAGCGGCAGCGCCAGUGGUUCCAAGGGCAGCAAGGGCAAAGGCGGUGGAAGCCAUUCCGGCUUCUACUAUGAUGACGAUUACAGGCUCUAAAUCUGAUUCCGAGCCUCAAGAUGUUCGAGACUUUCGCUAGCCUCUUUUGGAUUGGAUGAGCUUGUCAUCUCACUAGUGUCUGUAGAUACAGGCUCCCAUCCGACGGCUUCAGAAGAAGUCGCAAUGAAUGAAUGAAUGCAUGCAUCCAUGCUGUCCAGCUGUUUCUUGUUACGGCAAUCUCGCUGAGAAAUAGUUUGUUAAUGUUAUUAUAGAUACAUUUUCUCCCCAA